UGGUUCAGUGGCUCGUUGUGUUGACGUUUCUCUCCUUUCUCUGGUCACUGUGUUUUCUCUGGAGGUGGAUGUUCUGGAUAGGGGCUUCCCGUUUUUUCUACCUCCUUCAGCACAAAUCGUCUGAUAUUCAUACAAUUAAACGGUAUGUUCUUGUGGAUCGUAGUGCCGCCGCUAAAUCGGCACCGGCGACUUUUCCGUCACCGCAACGGUACUUUUAGCCAAACCGAAUGAAAGAGCUAACGGGCGGACCGGUCCGAGGAGGAAGAGCCGGGGAGUGACUGUCUGAGACGCUGUACAUGCGCCGUUUUAUUUUUUCAGCCGCAGUUUGGCGUCCAUUUAUUUCCCGAGGCUCCAGGCAUCACCCGGUGCUUCGAAAUGUUUUCUCAGGGUCCAGUCGGUGCAUAUUUUGGGAAGGAUUUUGACCCUCGUCACACAGAAAUAUUUUAUCAAUGAGCUUGCAGGAAACCACAAACUCCAUUUUUUCUUCUUCAGUAGCCGUUUCCUCAGACGAAAUUUUAUAUUUUUAUUUUUAUGUUUGUUUUUACCAGACGACAAUGCAGUCUAAAGCAAAGCUUUAAGCACCGGGGUUGUUUUGUGACGGUUCUUCAACAGCCAGGCUUCACAGAAAUGGUGCGGUAGCGUCUGGGGGAGAUUGGGAAGAAAGUGAAAAGCUCGAGUGGGGAGUCUUAGACUGUUUAUUUUUCUCACAUGACUCUGGUUCGAGACCGUCGACACCUCACAGACAUGGCUCGGCAGUAACCUUAACUGUUUUUCCUCCUAUUUUUAAACGUAUUCUUCUGCGCUGCCUUUUUUUAAAAUCUGUGCUGCCUUUACGGACAAUGACAAUGGGAGCUGAAUGAGACGACUGUUUUUGCUUUCUGAUAUUCGGAGGCCCGGUUGAUUUGUUGGACAUUUUAUUCCACUGUGAAACCACCCACGCCCACAAUUAUUGUGUAUUUGUUUCUCUCGUGGACGGCGAAGAUCACUCAGGGACAAAAAUGUCUUUACGCACGGCACUGCCUGGGAACGAGCGGAACCAGGAUCAUCACACCUCUCUGUCGGCCAGCCGCUCAGAGAAGGGUACCGGCUGGUCCAGCCGAUCACUUGGUGCCAGAUGUCGUAACUCCAUUGCCUUGUGUUCAGAUGAGCAGCCACACAUUGGAAACUAUCGGCUUCUCAGAACUAUCGGCAAGGGUAACUUUGCCAAGGUGAAACUGGCAAGGCACAUAUUGACUGGCAUAGAGGUUGCCAUCAAGAUAAUUGAUAAAACGCAACUUAAUCCAACCAGUUUACAGAAGCUGUUUCGGGAGGUACGCAUCAUGAAGACCCUCAAGCAUCCCAACAUAGUUCGGCUGUUUGAGGUGAUUGAGACGGAGAAGACGCUCUAUUUGAUAAUGGAGUAUGCCAGUGGAGGUGAAGUGUUUGACUACCUCGUGGCUCAUGGCAGAAUGAAGGAAAAGGAGGCCAGAGCUAAGUUCAGACAGAUUGUGUCGGCAGUUUACUACUGUCAUCAGAGGAACAUUGUUCACAGAGACUUGAAGGCAGAGAAUCUGCUUCUAGAUGCAAACUCCAACAUCAAAAUAGCCGACUUUGGCUUCAGUAACGAGUUCACUGCAGGCAGUAAACUGGACACUUUCUGUGGUUCCCCUCCAUAUGCUGCUCCUGAGCUGUUUCAGGGUAAGAAGUAUGACGGCCCAGAGGUGGACAUCUGGAGCCUGGGUGUCAUCCUGUACACGCUGGUCAGUGGCUCGUUGCCCUUUGAUGGACAGAACCUAAAGGAGCUGCGAGAGCGUGUUUUGAGAGGAAAAUACCGGGUUCCCUUCUACAUGUCCACAGACUGUGAGGGAAUCCUGCGCCGCUUCCUGGUUCUUAACCCUUCCAAGCGCUGCUCACUUGAACAAAUAAUGAAAGAUAAGUGGAUAAAUGUCGGCUAUGACAGUGAUGAGCUGAAACCACACACAGAACCUGAUGAAGACUUAAAUGACUCAAGUCGCAUUGAUGUUAUGGUUGGGAUGGGCUUUACCAGAGAUGAGAUCAGAGAUUCUUUAGCCAGUAAAAAAUACAAUGAAGUCACUGCCACGUACCUGCUGCUGGGACGGAAGAGUGAGACAAAUGGCACAGAGUCUCGGACCGGCAGCAGUCUAAGUCUAGCUCGUGUUCGGUCCAGCGCCAUCACCAAUGGAAGCAGCAAACACUCCACGUCCUCUUCCUCCUCUGGUGCACCGUCAUCCACCUCUGGCCACAAGGCACAGCGCAGCGCUUCAACAUACCACCGCCAGAGACGGCAUUCUGACUUUUGUGGUCCAGCAGUUCCAGGCUCAGCGUACCCCAAACGAAGUCCUAGUGGUGUAGCUGAAGGGACGGGACUCAAAGAGGAGCGACUGUCAACACGCAAGACAAGCACUAAUACAGUUGGGUCCCGUAACCUCCCAACUCCCUCUAGUCCAAUGGUUAGCUCCGCCCACAACCCAAAUAAGUCGGAGAUACCUGACCGCCGCAAAGAAGUUAGUUCAACCACAAAUAAUCUCCCUCCAAGUGCCAUGACUCGAAGAAACACCUAUGUCUGUACAGACAGGUCUAGCACUGACAGACACACACUGCUGCAAAAUGGCAAAGAAAACAGUACCGUAUCCCACCGCCUUCCCCCCGCCUCACCCUCCAGCCACAGCAUUGCCGGAGCCUCGGGGGUGUCUUCUUCGGCCUCCACACCCACCGCCCGUCUUUCUCGGGGCUCCACAGUGAGAAGCACUUUCCAUGGUGGACAAAUUAGGGACCGCAGACCUCCCUCUGUCGCUCCCCCAGCUUCUCCAACACCAUCUCAUGAUGCCAGUCCGCUGUCCCAUACCCGGACCCGGGCCACAAGCAACCUGCUGAGCAAAAUCACCUCUAAGUUGACUCGAAGGGUCACUCUUGACCCUACUAAACGUCAGAGCUCAAACAAGUCCAUGUCGGGCUGCACCCUGCCACAGGGAACAAAAACAGUUAGGUCACAGACGAACCUGAGAGAAUCAGCAGAUCUCCGGUCACAAGCUCUUGCUCUUCAGUCUCAGUCUGAGGUUAAAAACAGCAGUCGCCAUAUAUCUGGGCAUCAGAAAGCGACAGAGCCCCGGACCCCCAGAUGCGGAUGGGAUGUGAGGGUACGGAGCCCCCGCGACCCUGCUGAGGUGGUGCUGGCCCUGCGGGAAGCGGCACAGGGCUGUGGCUGCCAGGUCCACUUGGCAGGGCCCUUCCUCCUGUCCUGCACCCACGGAGCUGCCGGGGCCCGGGUGGCCUUUGAGGCCGAGGUCUGCCAGUUGCCCAGCGGGCUGGGCCACAGCAGCGGCGUGAGGUUUAAGCGCCUGUGGGGGGCACCGCUAGCCUUUAGAGAUAUCGCCACCAAAGUGUCCAAAGAACUGGAGCUCUGAGAGCAACAGGAGGUGGGGCAGGGACGGCUGCUGACUGGAAACGUUCAAUAAGAAGAAGGAGGAGGAACAGUAAAGCUGACGCCAUCGUAGCCUCCUCUUCCUCCCUAAGCUCUACCUAUUCUGAUGAGGCCAGUAACACCUCACCUCCUCCAAAGACCCUCACCUUCUGAUCCCACCAAUCACAGCUAGAUCACAGAUGCCAGACUACCAUCUUCCCACUUAACAACCAGUAACCUGGUGAUGUCACUGAGCUCAAACACCUACUUAAAAAAAUAUUCAAUUCCCACCAUACAUGGCCCCCCCACAGUUUUGUUUUCCUCUUGAGUUCAUGCUCAAUAAUAUUUAAUGUUGACACAGAAAAAAAAUUAGCAAUUUGAUCAUUUUCAUCAUUCCCAUUUCCCCACAGUUGUUCUUAUUUCUCUUUUAAAGAGCUGCUAUUAAAAGUUUUUAUUUUUAUUUUAUUAUCUUUUUUUUUCUUUAAGUUCUUUAGAAGCAGGAAGAUGUUUGACAUCUGUUGUCAUCCUUGGAAGCAGACAUUUUGGAGGGGUUAAGGACGCAGUCUGACUUCCAGCCUCUAGAGGGAGACAUGCAGAAGUGCAGAGACUUGAAACAGACUGAAAGAAGCGCCACAACCUCCCAGCUCAUUUGUAACUGUCGAAUAUCAUUUCUUGGUCACGGAUGGAUGGUGAGUUAAUGCAGAAGCCAAGAUAAAACGAUGUGCUUUAAUAUCCAAUGUUUGCAAUGUCAUUCUAUUUUAAAGGAGUUUCUAAUCCAAAUGAACCCGUACAUAAAGCGUGAAAUAUUUCGCAGAAUAGCAUUUUUACGUCAUCCGUAAUUACAUUAAGUUAUUUUCAGUCAAUGAAAAGAAUCUAUAAUAAUUCCAGAUUAUUUGACUGAGAUAAACUAUAAUUUGUUUUUUACAUAAACAAACUUUUGGACCCUGGACAGAUCAAAUAUAAAUGUCUGUGCUAGCAAAGCAUGAAGGUAUUAAGUUCAACCGUUUUCCAAACAAAACUAGUCGUAUUUCAGACAUUUAUCAUUUUAAUAAUUAAUUAUAAAUGUCCAUUUAAUCUGAUGUGAUGACAGCAAAUGACACCAAACAAACGUCUGAUUCUAAAUCAAGGAAAAUAUUAAACUUCCUUUUCAAGCUGAGAACAGUUUCUCUGAUAGCACUUCACACCAACACUUACACACAAAGACUUGAAAACAACAGGACUUUAUUUGUCUUAAUUAUUUUUAUUUUUGUUGAAACCAAUAAGCACUUUUUUGUUUUUCAGUCAGUAUCAGGUGUUAUUACUGUAGCACUGUGGAGCAUUUCUGUUUCUUUUUUGUUGUUUCUUUUUUAUUUUUUAUUUUUGUAAUGUACACAUUGUUUUAACAGUUCAAAUUAACAGUUGAAAAAAAGUCCCUGGACUUGAAACUGAACUUGCUGUGUUAGCAGAGAGAGGCCACUAGAGUCUGCCAGAAGUGACUGGAGUUCUGUAGAAAUCUGUUCUACCUUGGUUGAUGAUGUCAGUAGUUUCAGAGGGUUUUUCUUUUUCUAAAUUACAACUGCAUGUAGAGAGACACAAUAGAAGAUGGAAAUAAAAACAAAUGGGUGAAUAUGAUUGGUCAGUGUGGGUGAUUGACAGCUAUACUGUCAUUCGUCAGCCUCUGAGACAGUGCAACACGGCCAGACUUCCACUGAACAUUGUAGCUGUGACUCACACCAGUGACCAAUUGCGUUCGACGUCCCACAUCUUCUAUUGACUGCAUCUCUUCCUGCAACUGUAACUUACAAAACAGACUUGUAUUCUCUAAAUAAAAACCCAAGAUGAGACUGUGACAUCAUCAGGAAGGUGUAGAUUCAACAUCAGCGGUCAAUGACCCCAUUGUCCAUUUGUAUGAUGCACACAAACUGAUGAACUUUAUAAAGCAGUGGCAUUUCUGGUGACCUCACCCUGACAGUGACACAGCUCCGUUCAGUUCAUAUGACCAGUCUAUUGUUACAGUGCGCUCCAGUUUCCAAUUUCAUGAUUAAUUUCAGCUGAUGUCGUGUUUUCUCUUUAAAUGAGAGUGUGUUUUUAUUUUCACUUCACCACAGAGACAUAGCGAGCGUUACAGAUUGUGCUCAUGUUGUUUGGUCACCUCGGCUCCUUUUCUCUAUAUACUGUAGACUUUACCCUGUGACUGCAGAGGCCGCAGCACCGAUGAGAGGUUUACGACUGUUGAUAGAUUCCAUUAUGACUGUAUCAGGUCUACGACUGUUACCCAAUCAGACCCCUGCCUCACCAGGCCAACGUACAAUUGUAAAUGUUGCAAGGCCAUGAGACAGUGGUGUGAUGUAAGAAUGUGACCUGGAAUUACGUUUUUACACUUUUUUUUUUUUUAAUAAUAAAGAAAAGAAAUCUGCUCAUUGAACACAAACACACCAAUAUUCAGCCACAGAGGGCUUCAUUGACCAAGUGUCAAGGCGAUGCCUUCGCUCCAAGCAAUUGCAUAUGUUAGCGUAGUUUGCGGCACCACUGAUGUGCAGAUGUACGAUGUUGCAGUAUAAAGAGCGUACGUGUUUACCAGUUCAUGGGAGAUUUCCACUACAACUGUCUGAAAAUGUGAAGCUGUGAUUUAGGGCUUAGUUUGUCUCUGUACAACGUGGCCUCGCUCUGUCCACCUGUUCUCUUCAUACAGACCAGGCCCUGCUUUGUGUCAUGUGUUUGAAGCUGUGGCUCUAAUUAACCAAACUUAAUUUAUGAGGUAAUUAUGACAGAAAUGAUUGACCUGCAAUCCUGCAUGUCUCCUAGAAAAUGAUGUGUGACACAAAAUAAAGACUUUCAACUUCUUUCUUAACUUUUGGGUUUUUUUUUAACAAAACAGAAUCAAUACAUUUUUAUUAGUUAAAUCACCUGUGUGUCAAGAUUCUGGGAACACAGUCCAUAGACACAGACAGGCAAACUGCAGACUGAAGCAGAUGAAGAGUUGUUUUACGUCUAGACUUCAAGAAUGAUGUCCAUGUGAUCUGUUUGGUAUAUUAAUAUAUAUGCAUACCUUAUAGUGACCUGAAAGUAGUAUUAAAAAAACAAUUUUCUAUUUUGUUCCACAUUUCUAGGAUUCCUGGGAAGGCAGCUUUUCAGUCCCGGUAAUUGGACAGAGGCAAAUUUCAGAAACUUUCAGAAACUUGUGGGAUUUUAGGCCACACAAAAUGACUUGGCGGGCCACAUUUGGCCUGCGGGCCUUGAGUUUGACACAUGCUAAAAUUUAGAGGAAUAUUGUGUAGUGGAGGCAGUUGCUAUUUAUUGUCAGAUCUGUACUAAUUACUUUUAAAAACUGAUUUGUCUGUAAAUAGUUUAUUGUUAAUGCAUGUUUUGUCUUCUCCUGUUACCCCCCCGACCUUACACAAUACACAAACAAAUUCAAAUUACAUGGGGCAUACUUUAAUUGUCCAUUUAUAUUUUACAACCAAAAAAUACAUUUUGGUGUCGUCUACAUAGCCAUUGACGAGACUAUGCACGGCUUGAUCCCAGGAUGUUACAGAGAAGAUGGGUGACAGGUGAUGAAAGUGACGGUGACUCAGUGAG